AUGAAUGGCCCGGUGGACACAACGCUAUAUGAUAUCUUGAACGUGAAACCGAAUGCUACUAUGGAUGAGAUUAAAAAGUCCUACCGACAUUUGGCGAAAGAACACCAUCCCGAUAAGAAUCCAUCUAAUGGCGAUAAGUUCAAGGAAAUAUCGUUUGCUUAUGAAGUGCUAAGCAAUCCGGAACGAAGAGAAGUUUAUGACGCUAGAGGUUUAGACGGUAUUAAGGAAGGUGACAGUGGAGGAUAUUCCGGUGCUGAAGAUCUUUUUUCAACACUCUUUGGUGGUGGUUCGCUUUCGUCAUUUUUCGGUGGUGGUGGUGGGCGCCGGAGAAAAAUGCGUGGUCAGGACAUGGCUCAUCCGCUAAAAGUAUCUCUGGAAGAUCUCUAUAAUGGCAAGAAAUCCAAAUUGCAGCUGUCAAAACGAGUGAUUUGCAGCACUUGUCAUGGUCGUGGUGGUAAGGAAGAGGCGUCAUACAACUGCCAAGAAUGUCGUGGAGCUGGUAUCAAGAGCGUCAUAAGGAAACUUGGUUCCGGUCUAAUUCAACAAAUGCAGAUACAGUGCCCAGAUUGCAAUGGAACAGGGACGAAAAUACCAGAAAAAGAUCGAUGCAAGACAUGCAGAGGGGAGAAGACUGUGACUGAAAAAAAAAUGUUAGAAGUGGUUAUUCAGAGAGGAAUGCAAGAUGGACAGAAGAUCUGCUUUAGGGGUGAAGGCGAUCAAGAGCCAGGAGUUGAGCCAGGUGACGUGAUAAUCGUGGUACAAUCUAAACCUCACGAUAUCUUCCAGAGACAAGGCGACAACUUAUUUAUGCAGAAGAAAAUAUCAUUGAACGAUGCACUUUGUGGUUGUCAAUUUGUAGUCAAGCACUUGGAUGGUAGAGAGCUGAUAGUGACCACUCAACCCAAUGAUAUUUUGGAACCAGAUUGCAUUCGUGGUAUUCGUAAUGAAGGGAUGCCCAUACCGGACAGUCCAGGUGCUGGAGGUGUUCUGUUCAUCAAAUUCCAAAUCGAGUUUCCGGAGGACAAUUUUUUGAAAGACGAAAGUGACUAUAAGUGUCUAGAAAUACUGUUAGGUGGUCGCCCGCAAACAGGUCCGUUACCAGAAGGCGAAAACGUAGAGGAAGUUUCUUUGAUGCCAUACGAUGAACAUCGUUAUGAAAAAAGAGGUCGUAGUGGUGAAGUGUAUCAAGAUGAUGCUGAUGAGGAAGAGGAAGAAAUGAGUGGCGGUGGUGGUGGUGGUGGUGGUGGCACACACAAUGUUCAGUGCGCCCAAUCAUAG